AUGACUAAUAGCAUUACCAAUAUUGAAAGUAGUAGUGGUAGUAGUGGUAGUAAAGAUUCAAGACUUCAAAGAUUAUUCAAAUAUACUUUUGAAAAAAUGAAAUAUAUUGUAGAUUAUUAUCACACAGAAAUAAUUAAUCACACAGACGAUAUUAAUAAUGCAGAGAUUGAGAAAUUUUUAAAAUUAAUUUCAAAUUUAAUUUAUCAAAAUAAUAAUAAAAAUAAUAAUAAUAAAAAUAAUAAUAAUAAUAAUAAUAAUAAUGAAAAUUGUGAAAAACAAUUAAUUAAUUUAUUUGGUCCAAGGUUAGCUAUUUUUUAUUUAAUUGAAAAUAAUAAUUUAAAUUUCGAAGGUAUUGAUGGUGAAAGUGGUGUGCAUCAAAAGGAUUCAUUUGUAACAGUAUGUUCAAAAGAAAAAGAUAACAAUAUCCCCAGAUACUUUGUUACUAUUUACGAUUAA